GUUCUCACCACAUUUCCAAAUUGUUCUAUCUUCCAUUCAAACAUAACUUGAAACAAGACUUGCAGAAUCAGUAUACAGUUUUCCAUCAUGGGUAUUCGUCUACCUGGUGUUGUUAAUGCCAAACAAAUUCUCCAUAGGAUUCGCAAUUCAGAUUCAAUUCCAAAAGGUCACUUGGCUGUUUAUGUUGGAGAAACACAGAGGAAGCGCUUUGUUGUACCUGUUUCUUACUUAAGUCAUCCUUCUUUUCAGACAUUGUUGAGUCAGGCUGAAGAGGAGUUUGGUUUCCAUCAUCCCAUGGGAGGUCUCACGAUUCCAUGUAGAGAAGAAGCUUUCCUUAACCUCACUCAAAGUUUGAAUGGCUCAUGAUUCUCCACGUGGCUAGAUUUAGUUUAGAAAAUAGACAGAAGAUUAGGGCCAACAAUUUUGUCAUUAGAAAAUUCAUCCUUCAGUUAUUGUAUAGCUCAUUCUUUUGGUUUAAGGAAACUGAAUAAUGAAUUACUCAAUGCACAUACUUUGGUUGGAAGUUCUCCCUUUA